UCUCGCUGUCACCUCUCUCUCUCUCUCUCUCUCUCUCUCCAGGGGGAAACACACAGCACAAUGGCUGCCACACACGCACUCGCAUUCGCAUUCCUCUGCAUGAUCCUAGCCUCCGUCGGAGCCCUAUCUCCAGCACCUUCACCCAAAGUGUUGGAGACUGCGUCGCCUCCACCAAAAUCAACAUCACCUCCUCCGGCCGCCUCCCCAAAAACCCCUCCCGUCCCAACCCCCGUAUCUUCUCCGGUCGCCACACCCGUAACCUCGCCGCCGCCUUCCCCGGUGCCGGUCAGCUCUCCCCCCGCUAUAACCCCGGUGGCCACGCCCACGCCGGCUGCUGCGCCUCCCGCGGCGGUCCCGGCUCCGGCUCCGGCCCCGGCCACACCACCUCCGUCUCCGCCGCCGCCACCACCGCCUAAGAAGAAGACUCCGCCGCCACCCCCGCCUAAGAAGAAGCAUGCGCCUUCUCCGGCACCGGCUCCGUUGCUGAGCCCUCCUGCUCCGCCGCCGGCUCAAUCCCCUGAAAUUGAUUAUCUCGCGCCUACUAGUCCAACCACGAAUGGAGCAGAGAAGUUGAAGAACUUGAAAAUGGUGGUGGGAAGCUUGGCAUUGGGAUGUGUUGUUUCCAGUUUGCUAUUCUAAUAUGGAGAUCUCAUCACUUGUUUUGAAAUCUGCUGUCCCAUGCCAUGCAUCUCUCUGUAUCUUUCACUAUUUAUUAUUUAUUUGUUUUUAAUUAAAAUAUUUUGGUCUUCCCAGUGUUCAGCACUUCCCCAUUAAUUGUCACGUUCUCCUAUUAAAUAUUCCCAUUUGUUUGUUUUAAUUUUGUUUAUUGCUUUAGUUUAAUUAUUAAAUUGUGUUUGGACUUUCUGGGGAUAUUACCACAUUGGCUUUGCAAUCUUUGGACAGAGGAGGGAAUCGUGGUGACUUA